CUCCAGGUCCUCUACACCCAGCCCAAAGAGGGCGAGUUCUUCGACAUGGACUACUACGUCAACAAGCACAUGCCCAUUGCGAACGAGCACUGGACGCCCCUCGGCCUCAAGAGCUGGCAGGUCAUCAAAUACGGCCCCGACGCGCCCUAUUACGGAGGAGUCCUGUUGCACUGGGAGAAGGCCGAGGACGCGUCCAAGGCUUUGACGGCGGCCGAGUCGCAGCCCGUGUUCAACGAUGUUCCCAACUUCACC